GAAUGUGCAUCACUUGUUACCACAGAACUAAAAAUAAUUAUUAAUAUCUUAUCUAAUGGGGGGCCCAGCAUUUUGCAUUAUAAUUACUGAAAGAUAAUGCAAAGGGGCCCACGGUUACCAUCAAGUUCGAUCAGUGUCUUUCAGGAGUACAUUUUCCAAAUUCAUUAUAAAUACGUAAAAUACAUACAUAACACAACUUAUAAAUAUUCAGCUAGUGCUUGAUUUCUUGUGUGGAAAAUGUCUCCAAAAAAUUCCAAAUUAAGCACAUGAUUUAUGCACGUCUCGUCCUCAAGGUUGAAGGGUUAGUUAUUUUUAUCCAGGAAUGUGUCAAGUUAUCACUCACUUGUAAAUCUGGUCAGAAAAUGCAACCUUUUUCACACCACAGUUACUUUACCAUACAUAUCCAUAAAACCAAACAUUAAAUACAGAGCAUGUACAUAGCCAAUGCUACUAUAACCACUCCCACUAAACACAAUUCUUAAUUUUUUUUCCAAACACCAAAUUAAAUUUGCAAAUCAGCAAACCAAUAUUGCAUAUUUCCAAUACAAGUCAACAAAGUUAACAAUCAAGGAAUACACAUGGAUCUUCAGCCAGGAAAGAAUCGUGAACGCUCAAAGUGCUCAAAACCACUUAAAACCAAUUACGACUUGACGAGACACAUGGUCACGCACGAUCUCGACGCCAACUUCAAGUGUCAGGUAUCAAAAUAUAACUGCAGCCUGAAGCGACCAAGUUGCGAUACGUGUUACCGGGUAUUUUUCAGUUCGGCCAACUUACGACAACAUAUCAACACCGUCCACAGCAGGAUGGACCGACCACGUUUCCCAUGUACAGUUCCCGAAUGUUGGAAAACCUACCUAGACAAGAGGAGUCUUUCUAAACACAUGAAAACCGAACAUGCCGAGAAACCGAUCCGAUUUCCGUGCACACUUUGCGGAAAAGAACUCAAAACGAAACAUGAUCUUGAGAACCACAUUUCCACCCACACGUCAGAGAAGCCAUACAAUUGUGCCACUUGUGGGAGGAGUUUCGCCUUUAAGGGAAAGAUGAAACUUCACCAGAUGACGCAUUUGGAAAAAUCUUCCCGAGAAGUCAUAAAGUGUCACAUCUGUCCUCAGACCUUCUUAAGUAGGGACGUUCUUUUUCGUCACGUCCGCGUUGUGCAUGAAAAUCAGAGGAAUCAUCCGUGCGUAGUUUGUGACAAGAGAUUCUCCAGCUCAUCAAACUUGAGGCGUCACGUGGAAGCGAGGCACCCCGCGAAUAAAGAGCUGAAGAUCUAUUCCUGCGGCAAAUGCGAGUACAGGAGCCACUCGAAACACAAUUUGACCCAGCACUCUGUACGACACAAUGCAGCGAGGCAUGGAUGCUACUUCUGUGGGACGAAAUUCCUCAUGUUUCCAGAUUUGGUCGGACAUUGUCGAGUUCAUACUUUAGAAAAUUAAAAAUACUGGUGAAUGUAUUCGGCAUGUCAAUAAUUUCCGAAAUUUGAUUUGAUUUGAGACGGUUUGAAAUUUUUGGUAGAAAGGUAGUGGAUUUUUGUAACAAAUUUAGCUAGUAUCAGGAUGUGUUGGUAAUUUGCUAGAAUAUUUCACAAAUGGAAUCGUUAUGCGAAAUAAAUAAAUAUGUAGGUA